CGUGACCUUCCCAAGAUGGCGGCGCGUUCUCGCGAGGUUUCGGGCUGGGCUCUGCGCGCGCGCGGGCGCCGCGGGGGCCGCUGGGAUCGCGGCGGACCCGGCGCAGACGGAGCCGGCGGAGCGGCCGCCAUGGACGUGUUCCUGAUGAUCCGGCGGCACAAGACGACGAUUUUCACCGAGGCCAAGGAGUCCUCGACCGUGCUGGAGCUGAAGCGGAUCGUGCAGGGCAUCCUGCACCGGCCGCCCGAGGAGCAGCGGCUCUACAAGGCGGGCACUGAGGGGUUAACGGGGACUGGGGGAGGAGUCCUUCGAGGGGCUGCGGGGCAGAUUUCAGGGUGGGAUUUUGGGGAUUUUGGGGUUUUUAAAGGGGAUUUAACCCUUUCCUCCCCAGAAGAGUCCUUCGAGGGGCUGCGCAUCGAGCCCUUCUCGAGCCCCCCCGAGCUGCCGGACGUGAUGAAGCCGCAGGACUCGACCGGGGCCGCCACCGACCCCCCCCUGCCCUGAGCCCCCCUUUGGGCUCAGUUUGGGGGAUUUUGGGGCUCUCGGGGCUGGGGGGGAGGGGAGGGAGGAAAAAACCCCAAUAAAAAACCUGGGCAACGAC